AUGGGCGUCCACAGCGCAAGCACGAACUCGAACAAGUCGAAUCUCGAGUCCGGCUAUGCUUCGGGAGCUUCCUCAACCGGAGCCCUUCCCUCGAUCAUCCUCACAAAGCAACACCUCAAGUUCCUCAAUAGCAGCUUAAACAACCUCUCGCCCCUCGAAAUCCUCCGCUGGGCCAAGAUCACGUUCCCCAACCUCUACCAAACAACUGCCUUCGGUGUCUCUGGCCUCGUCACCCUCGACAUGCUCUCCAAGCUCCAAGCCGAGACUCCGGACGCACCAACGAUCGAUGCCAUCUUCCUCGACACCCUCUACCACUUCCAAGAAACACUCAAUCUCGUCGAGAAGACCAAGACCCGCUAUCCCAACGUCCACCUCCACGUCUACAAGCCCGAGGGCGUCAGUACCACCGCCGAAUUCGAAGCCCGCCACGGCCAGGAACUCUGGAAGACAGCCCCAGAACUCUACGACUGGGUGGCCAAGGUCGAGCCUGCGCAGCGGGCAUACUCUGAUCUCUCCGUUGCUGCUAUCCUCACCGGCCGCCGACGUUCCCAGGGCGCCAAGCGGGAUUCUCUUGACAUUCUCGAGAUCGACGACGCUGGCCUCAUCAAGAUCAACCCGUUGGCCGCGUGGUCAUUCAAGCAAGUCAACGAGUACAUAAAGGCCAACAACGUCCCGUACAACGAGCUGCUGGACCGUGGGUACAAGAGCGUCGGCGAUUGGCACUCAACCGAGCCAGUCAAGGAGGGCGAGGACGAGCGCGCGGGCCGCUGGAAGGGACAAGCCAAGACCGAGUGCGGCAUCCAUAACAAGCGAUCUGUGUACGCGCAGUACCUGUUGGAGGCCGAGCGGAAGCGGCAGCAGGAGGAGCUGACUGCAAAGCUGGAGCAAUUCGAGCUGAAGCAAGUUGCGGAAGAGAUUGCUGCGUGA